UGAAGUGAUGUGUGAGGAGGCUAAAGUCUUGCACAAGCAUCACUUUAACUUUUUUUUUAAAGAUCUUUAAUGCCACUAGACACGUUAUCUUUGUUUGCAGUGGUUAAAUUGUGAGAUACUCCCACAUGAAGAACAUUCAAAUCGUGACUCUGGUGUCACACACACAUCAUAAAGCAGCAGCCUGACACUUCAUCACUGCUCGUCCUGCGUCGUUCCAAGGUAACGUUCCCGCUUCACAUCUGUGUUCAGAGUCUGACCGGGUUUGAUCCUGCAGCAGGUGUCGGUCCAUCAGCAGCUCCACGUUGGGUCUGAGCCGCUGAUCCGGCUCCAGCUUCAGUCGGUAGCGUUGACUGUGAGCUUGAAGCCUCCAGGGGUCAGUUCCCUGGUUCUGUGUCAUGAUCACUGUGGGUUCUGACCUCAUCUCAGCUCCGUUUGCUCUGCAGGUCCACAUCUUACAUUUCCUGGGUAUUGAGUGUGUGUUUGAGCCAAAGGACAAAGUGUCGUUGUGACUUCAGGAUGUUCAGCACAUCCAUUAGUUCUAGUUGAGUCCAGGAGGAGUCUGGUUCCGUUCCCUCCUCGUCUCUCAGUAGAGCAGAAACCUGAGUUACUGGAACUGUGUGUGAGACAUUGGAUCAUGUUCAGGCUUCACUUACUGGACAAAUGAACCGUUCUACUAGAACUUCACUGACACUGUGUUAAACUCUGUUCUGUUCCAGUUUCUCUGUGAAGAAUGAAUCUGAGCAACGUUAACGACACAUUGAUGGACACUGACGACAAAAGCAUCCAUGAGGUUGAUUUUAGAACAGAAGUUGAGCGUUAUUUUACAAUACUAGAAGUUUCAACAUGGCCGAUCGUCAUCGUCGGCCUCGUCCUGACGCCCGUCGCCAUCUAUGCUGUUUCCUCUCUGGUGAAGAAAGACAACGUUGCUCCGAUCUUCGUCAUCAACCUCCUGGUGUCUGACAUCAUUCAGCUCUGUGCCCUGAUCGUUAUGCUGAAAGGAAAUACAUUUGCCUAUCGUGUUAGUUAUACUAUGUACACUAUCGGUCUGGUGGCCAGUGUGGGCCUCAUGGUGUGCAUCGCUCUGGAAAGGUAUUUGCUCAUCGUCUGGCCAAUGUGGUCCCGAACCAGACGAACAGUCAAGAUGUGCCUGCUGCUCUGCGCUGUGGUCUGGACUCUUUCUCUGUUUUACUUUGUCUUUGGUUUAGUCAUGGGUUUAAACGAGCAGAUUGAUUUGUUUUAUAUCAUUACUGCCGUCCUCCUCCUCCUCCCUCUUCCUCUGCUCGUGUUCUUCCUGGUUGGGACCUUUAGAGCUUUGUCUGCCUCCAUCAGUGUUCGUGCUGAGGAAAAGUGGAGAAUAGUUGGACUUCUGGUUCUGGUGCUGCUGAUUUACACACUGCUGUUCCUGCCUUACAUCAUUUAUAUUUUGAAAAGGUGCUGUGAACCAGGCUUGGUUCUGUCUGUGUUGUUGCAGAAAGAAGAGAACUAAUCGUCAGUCAUCCAGUGGUUUGAAUGAUGGUGACGCAGUCACAAGUUUGUAGUCAGACAAUGAAACAUUCUCAUGCUGUAGUUUCCAUCUUUUGACAGUUGUGUAGAAUUUGUAAACAAACAACAAACACCCACAUGAAAAUAAAAGUUGUGUCUGUGUAAAGGACUUUGAGUGUUUUAGCUAAAAUAAAAAGCUUUUAAUGUGA